CAAUUGGAGUAGGGACGUCCCAUGGUUUCCGGUUAGCACGGACCCCAUCAGUUUAUUGAGCAAUAUCUACCUCAACCUCAACGCUCGUGGUCUGACUGUGCAGUGACUGAGGAAUAGUUCCAACUUCCUCGAACUUGUUAGUUUAGUUUCGUUUCCUUCGUAUAACGCAGCUGCUGAUCGACACAUUUCUCCAUUUUGCUGGAGUCGUUUGUCUGGCUAGCCUACAUCUCCGGGAUAAAGAGUUUGGGUCAGACACAUUGUAGGCUAUUAUAUUGGUUUGAAAAUCGAAUAAUAGAAUCAGUCAAAAUGAAGAAGGUACUUCUGUUCGUGUUUAUACUCUGCGCUAUUGUCUCAGCGCUGGCAUCUGCUCAAGAGGAUACCAAAAGAUCCAAACCGUCUGCAACUGUCUUCCCCCCCUUUGAGUUUGGCACCACGUCCAACACUGCCACUACCACAACCUCUACUACAACUACGACUGCAUUACCCACCACAGAAUCCCAGAAUAAUACCAGCACAGCAGCUCCUACUACAACACUUACACCCACUACGACUGCAUCCAACAGCACCACAGCUGACCCCACAACAGCCAAUACCACCACAGCUGCCCCCACAACAGCCAAUGCCACCACAGCUGCCCCCACAACAGCCAAUGCCACCACAGCUGCCCCCACAACAGCCAAUGCCACCACAGCUGCCCCCACAACAGCAGCCAAUGCCACCACAGCUGCUCCCACCACUGCUGCCACUCCAAAACCGGAGCCCACCCCUCCUGCUAACCUGACCGUGGGAAACUACACUCUCAAGUCGGAGAAGGGUCUGUGUCUGAUGGCCCAGCUGGCCCUGCAGAUCAGAGUGGAAGACACUGGAAAGACAGGGGUAUUCAUCGUUCAACCAGUGCAGACACAUGUUAAAGGGGGCUGUGAGAAAUCCACGGCCAACUUAACCCUCACGUUCAAGGAGGGCUUCAUCACCUUCAUGUUUAAUAAGAACACCACCCAAAAUGCUGUCUAUGUCGACACGGUUUCUUUCUCUCUUUCCUACCCGUUAAUAUCUGGAGACAACGGCAAAAUGUCUCUACCCUACGUCGCCAAAAAUGGGUCACUGGAUCUCUUCCUCGCUAAGGUUGGCCACUCCUACUCCUGCAAGAGCGAAUCAGUUUUCAUGGGAAAAGGGCUCUAUCUGGACAUCACCCAGGACAGGAUACAGGCCUUCAACAUCACCAAGGAGUGGGACUUCGGCACAUCUGACCCCUGCCCCGCCGACAGACCUGCUGACUACCGCGUGGCCAUUGCUGUGGGGAUUGUCCUCCUUAUCCUCAUCAUCAUCGUGGUGGUGGCCUAUCUCCUGAGCAGGCGAAAAAGAUCAGAUGGCUACCAGUCCCUCUGAAGAGCCACUCAGGGGUCAAAGGGCGCACUGUAUCAGCUCACAGUCUCAAUACACCCAUCAUCGUGUUUUUGUCACUUGCUGUUAACUGUUAACACUGCUGUAACCCCAACUGCUCACACACAAACUAACUAACUGUACCACUCACACACAAACUAACUAACUGUACCACUCACACACAAACUAACUACCACUCACACACAAACUAACUAACUGUACCGCUCACACACAAACUAACUAACUGUACUGCUCACACACAAACUAACUAACUGCUCACACACAAACUAACUAACUGUACCACUCACACACAAACUAACUAACUGUACCACUCACACACAAACUAACUAACUGUACCGCUCACACACAAACUAACUAACUGUACCACUCACACACAAACUAACUAACUGUACCACUCACACACAAACUAACUAACUGUACCGCUCACACACAAACUAACUAACUGUACCACUCACACACAAACUAACUAACUGUACCGCUCACACACAAACUAACUAACUGUACCACUCACACACAAACUAUCUAUAUGGAUAAGAUGAGGGAAUAUUUCAGCGUUGUAGACCGGCAGUUCCAUUUAAGUUGAUUUGUACAUUCAUUAAUUGAGGUGGAUCAUAUGUAUUGGAUCAGAUACUAGGAUUAAAAUAUACUGACUUUGAAUAUACUCACUCUGAACUCUUUGGCUGCUGAACAUUUUAGAUUGUGUCAUUUGUGCUACUGUGAUGUCCGGUACUACUGUGAUAUCCGGUGCUACUGGGAUAUCCGGUGCUACUGUGAUAUCCGGUGCUACUGGGAUAUCCGGUGCUACUGGGAUAUCCGGUGCUACUGUGAUAUCCGGUGCUACUGUGAUAUCCGGUGCUACUGUGAUAUCCGGUGCUACUGUGAUAUCCGGUGCUACUGUGAUAUCCGGUGCUACUGGGAUAUCCGGUGCUACUGGGAUAUCCGGUGCUACUGUGAUAUCCGGUGUUACUGUGAUAUCCAGUGCUCGACAAACCAUCAACUAUUGUGUCUGUGUUUGUUUUACCUUCUACGUCAGAAACUUUCAGUGCAGUAUUUCACAAUGUGCUUUCUACUACAGCUGGAUUUUGAACUUAUGCUGUCUUGUUUUUCUUUUCUUCUUUUUAUUAAUUUCUUUGUGUUUGUACCACUGCCCUCAACCCUUUAGAACGGCCUAUUAGGCUGUUUGAUUUCCGAAUCGUAAUCUAGAUUAGGUUAAUCAUGGGCCUUUAAAAAAAAUGUAUUCCACUCAGUUAAUCAAAGGGAAUGUUUCAGAUUUUAAAUGUAAAGUUUUGUCAAAGGGAGGCAUACUUUUGAAUGUAAAUUGCAAUUUGUGUUUUCAAUUUCUUGUCUAUUUGUCUCAAGUGUUUUGUUGACCAUUAUUUGCUGUUACACACUCUUUCCCUUGUGAUGUGGUAAUAAUUUGGUACGUAAACAUGUUUGAGAACAUUUUAUUAGUCGAAUGUGACAACCAUAAGUAAUUGCAGGACCACUGAGUGUUUAUCUUGUCAACUUUGACAGUGGUCAGAUAGCUUGAGGUAGAAGUUGCCUUUAACCACAGAUAUAGAAUCAGAUGACCUAAACCGGCCAAUCAUAAGGAGGAAAAAAGGAAUACAAAUAUAUGACUCUGGGGCAAAUUGCAUUGUAAGGGAUUACAUUUGGGAUCAGAAAGCACAUUGAACAAGUUCUGACUCAUCUAAACAUAGGGAAUCUUACUGUUCUAUGUUGCCACAGUUACAGGUUCCUAAUGUUGAUUAUGGCCUCAAUUACUAUUCUUUUAGUUUAAUUUAGGAAACAUUUAUUUUGAUUUGUUUACAUGUUAUUAUGUGCCAUGUAUCAUCUUGGAAAAAAAGGUUGAGAAAUGAAAACAUCCCAAAUAAACUUGUAUUAAUGUGUAAA